AUUCCCGACAUGCUUUGCGCAGAAGGCGGAGCGAGGGAAAACUGGGCGGCCCUUUUCCCGGCCUCUGGCGAGUGGGCUGGCGUCCCCUUCAGUGGGGGCUCUUCCUUUCAGGGGAAGACGUGAUAUAAAAGGCUCCUUUCAGCUUCACCAGGGCCCGUUAUUCUAUAUAGCAGAAAUGGAAGAUGAAAGAGAAUGUCUGGAAAUAAGAGGAUUAAUUCAAGAAUUGAUGAACCAAGAGACAUUAUUUGCUAUAUCAGAAAGUAUUGAGAAGCUGUUCGGCAGUAUAGAAAGUAUAAAUAAAGAAAAGUGGAAAGAGAAUCAGAAAGCCCAGGUAGAGAAAAAAAAGCAAGGAUCAUUAAAGGUUGAGGAAAGUGCAGUUAACUUAUGGAAUUGGACUGUGGCAAAAAAAACAGCUCCUGGUAUCACCGAUAUGCAAAGAGUUAAAUUACGCCAUGUUGCCUGCAACCUGAUGAUGUUUUGUGAAGUAGGUGAUUCAAAUGAGGAGAUGAUACGAAGGCAAAUUUUGAUGUUAAUGAAGACUGGAAAAGGUUGGGUGGAUGUUGGAAAACCUGCCCUUGCAAGUAAUUUCCUUGAAAUUGCCCUGAGUGAUCUAGAGAAACUUUAUGCCCAGCUGAACAAGAACUGCAGCAGUGAGGCUGAGGCGAAUAUGCACAAAGCUGACAUACAGAGGGAUAUAUUCAAAGUUCUGUCUUACCAGGCUGAAUCUGCAGUUGCUUUAGCAGAUUUUCAGAAGGCGGUCAUGUGUGUUCAACGGUGUAAAGACAUCCUGAUAAGGCUGCCAAAAGAGGUUUGUUACCUUUUUCUCCUAUGCUAUAACUUUGGCAUAGAAACAUACGAAUUCAAGAGAUAUGAGCAGAGUUCCUUUUGGCUCAGCCUCAGCUGUGAAAUUGGAAAGAUGCACAAAAACUGUUCAAUUAGUAAAGAAAUGCAGGCAAAAGUACUACGAUUAUUAGCUACUGUGUAUUUGGAAUGGGAUUAUAAACAAUAUCAAGAGAAAGCUCUCCAGGCUAUCAUCAUGGCUAAUGAGGAGAAUUUACAUCCAGCUGGUUUUUACUUAAAAAUUAAAAUUCUCCUGAAAGGCGAUGCAUCAGAUGAAGAUAUUAGAAAAGCUGUCACUGAACUUCUGCAGCAUGAGGUUUCUCCGGAGAUCUGUCUGGACACUGCAAAGUUGCUCCUUGAACAUGAGAGGGAAGCCAUUGGAUUUGACUUUCUGAAAUCAGCCUCCCAGCUGUUCGAAAGAUCCCCAGAUGCUGGCAGAGUCCUUCUCUUUCACAUCGAACUCCUGUUACAGAGAAUGAAGGAGCCACUUGCCAAGGGAAUGGUCGAAGAUGCCAUCACAGCACACAGCGUAGGAAAGCAACUGCCUCCUGAAAUACUCAACCGUUUACACCUUGUUCUGUGGGACAGAGCAGCUAAGAAUUACGAGUCAAAGAGCUAUCCUGAAGCCCUUCAGUGGUACAACUAUUCUCUCAGCUUUUACGCAUCUGGGCAGACAGACCAACAGAACCUGGCAAAACUGUACAGGAACAUGGCUGCUUGCUAUCUUCACUUGAAAGAGCCUGACGAGGCUACUGAGGCUAUAAAGAAGGCGGAAAGAUACGACCCAAACAGCAUCUUCACUCACUUCUAUGUUUAUAAAAUAGCAGUCUUAGAGAAAAAUACCCUCAAAGCUUUGGAUGCAUUUGUAGCAAUGGAGAAAUCGGCUGCAGAGUUCACAGAAGGCAAAAUGCUCAUGGAAGGAUCUAUGGCGACCAACCUUCUGAGCUUAGCAGCUCAAUUCGCCCUGGAGAAUGAUCAACAGGCUAUGGCUAUUAAAGCCUUGGAGUAUUUAUCUCAACACUUGGAGGGUUGCCAGCAAGCGCUUACAGCAGUAAAGUGUUUGAUUCGACUUGUAUUGUCAAAAGUGACAUCUGAAGAGGAGAUGAUUAAAGAUAUGGAGACACUGCUAGCACACGUGACAGCAGCUCACCGUAGACUUGAUGAGCUGCACAGUGAGGAAAAGGAGAUGCUGGAAAUCAGGGUCAGUGAAGCUCAGUGGUUCAGAAAGAUAGCUUGGAACUUGGCUGUGCGAUGUGAAGGCUGCUUAAAAGUGAUGAGAGAUUUCUUUAUAAUAUCAUUCAAGUUCUCCCAGUUUUGUCCUCAUGAUAAAGCAGUCCUGCUCGCUCAGAGAACAUGCCUACUCAUGGCUGCCGCGGUGGAUCUGGACAUAAGCCGAAGCAAUUUGCUGCCUGCUGAUGAGCAGGCUGAACUGCUGACUCAGGCUCUCGAGUACAUCCAAUCCUGCAGAGCAAUCUGGAAAGUCUUGAAGCAGACAGGCGAUUUCCCCAAGGACCCCACAGAUACAAUAUUACUGCUUUAUGAAUUUGAAGCCAGUGCCAAGCUGAACUCUCCUGCAGUGCCCAGCCUGUUAGAUGAAGUGGUGGCGCUUCCACAGGUGGAGAUCAAGACUCUGGAAACCAUUGCUGCGUUGGCCAUGGAAUCUCCUGCUCACUAUCCAUCCGUGUGCAAGAGGGCUCUCAAGAUGGUCUUGACUCUCCUUAGGAAAGGUGAAUCGAUGGAUACAAUCACCUACAGCAAGUGCCUGCACAGCCUGGUCCAGCUUUCUCUGCCCUCCGGCCCGAUUGAGGCAGAUCUUUGUGUGCUGGAGGAGGCCUGGGCCUAUUUUGAAGAUGCUCUGACCAUACUGGACAACACACAGGGGUUACAGACUAAUUACCCAGAGGUGGAGAUAAUCUGGCUUAUGACUAGAGCGUGGAACACAGGAAUAUACCAGUACUCUGCUGGCAAGUACAAGGAAGCAGAGCAAUGGUGUGGCCUAGGAAUACGGUUCUUGGCCUACUUGGGGACUCUGAAGAACAGCUACGAGAAUCAGAUGAUCGGUGUUUACGGUGAGGUGCUGAACAAACUGGACAAAGCAAAGAGACUCCAUUCCAAAGAAGAAUGACGGGGACCGUGGCCACCACCAGCGGCCCUGCGCUGAACGGAACUGGCUGCAUACAGGCCGUCACUGGCAAGUGGAAUUGUAGGCAUUAUUCAGGGGAGGAUGUUUCACAAACAUGAAGUUGAAUAAAGCAGUUCUAAUU